AUGCCUUUAUCACGGAACGGUCUUAAUAUAGUUGACAUCGACGUUCAGGAUGUGAGAUUCCCAACUUCUCUAGGAGGCCAUGGAUCUGAUGCACUUCACACUGAUCCAAACUACUCCUGCGCGUACGUCACCACCAGAACUGAGAAUGGCCAGCAGGGUUAUGGUCUAACGUUCACCUGCGGCCGAGGAACGGAGAUUGUAGUACUCACUAUACGCUCUAUGAAGAAGUUUAUACUGGGUCGCAACGCCGUUGACAUAUUUGCAAAUUUCUCUGAAUUUUGGCGGACUAUAACUAAUGAUUCGCAGAUGAGAUGGCUCGGUCCCGAAAAAGGGGUAGUGCACUUUAGCUCAGAUUUAACACCAGAGGAACUCAUAUCUACAAUUGAUUUUCGAUACAUAACCGACGUAAUAACUAAAGAAGAGGCUAUCGAAAUUUUAAAAUCAAAACAAAAUGGCAAAAAUGAGAGAGAAAAAAUACUAAAAGAGAAAGGUUAUCCAGCUUACACAACCCAAGUAGGUUGGAUGGGCUAUAGCGAUGAAUUCGUAAAGGAACAGUGUAAAAAAUAUUUAGAUAUGGGAUUUACCCAUUUCAAAGUAAAAGUUGGUCGUGACGUUAAGGACGACUACAAACGAUGCAGUCUGGUUCGCAAGUACAUAGGAGAUGACAAAUUCUUGAUGGUAGACGCAAACCAGGCUUGGAGUGUGGAAGAGGCGAUAGAAUGGAUGAAAAAAUUGGCGCCACUAAAACCAAUGUGGAUCGAAGAACCAACAUCUCCAGAUGAUAUCUUGGGACACGCUGCCAUUUCCAAAGCAUUACAGCCCUAUAACAUCGGUGUUGCCACUGGAGAAAUGUGUGCGAACAGAGUGAUAUUCAAACAGCUAUUACAGAGCAAUGGUAUGCAAUACUGCCAGAUCGACUCGGCUCGAGUAGGGGGCAUCAAUGAGAUAUUAGCGAUAUACCUCAUGGCCUACAAAUUUAAUGUGAAAGUGUGUCCUCACGCCGGCGGGGUUGGUUUAUGUGAGAUGGUGCAACACCUCCAGGCGUGGGACUUCGUGAGUCUGUCGGGAUCUAUGGAGGGUCGGCUCAUAGAGUACGUCGACCAACAACACGAACACUUCUACGAUCCUUGCAUAGUUGAGAGAGCGAGAUAUAUCGCACCUAAGCAACCCGGAUACAGUACGCAGUUUUUGCCGGAAACACUGAAAAAAUUCGUUUACCCACACGGCAGUGAAUGGAAGAGGAUGAUAAAUGAAGGGAUGUUCCCGGAGCCCGAUGAAGCUGAACUUGUUAACGGUUAA